AUAGAUAGAUAGAUAGAUAGAUAUUCACCAGAAUAUGUGCAGCGUUAACGUUUUCAGUUUGACGUUCAUCAAGGUCACUGAUCCCUUAUGAAACUCUAGGAUCCGUGUUUUCACUCUUUCUUGUUCUUUCUAUGUUUAUAAACACAGGAAGCGGCCAAUGGUCAGUCGGACCUGACGUCACUACCGCACACACCACAAGCGCAGCUAAGCAGCGAAAAGCCUCAUAAUUCCACAGGAGAACUAUCAGAUGAUGAACACGGCCAUUAUGCGGCCGCGACGGCGUUCACAGACCGAGCGUUCAUCGUCUUUUUCUCAUCGUUUUUACUGCCACAUGUAACGCACGUGUCGUCCGGUUCCAGGAAACUGCACCAUCGUUAACCGUUCACGCGCCGGACCCGGUCGCGCUCCAGACUGCUGCAGAUGAAUAAAGCGGUGGAUCGGUUCUGACUCGGACCUGUCUGAUGAAAUGCUGUAAUCGUUUAUAGGAAAAAAACCCGGUGUGCGUUUAAUGAGUCGGAUUGUCGUAGACGCGCUGCAGAGCUGAGACUCCCGGUGAUCCAGGUCGGGUGUUGUAUCUCUCUCAUCUCAUCUCCUCUCCCAUGUUGUGACUACCAGCAGCAGCAACCGAGCUUGGAGGCGCUGCCCGACGCUCAGCCAUUUCUUCAAGUUCCUGUUCAACUUCUUUUUUUUUUUUCUUUUCCUUUUACUUUUCUGUUCGUCCGUCCGUCUUUUCCCCUCUUUAAAUACCUACAUACAGAAAGUAAAAAAAAAAAAAAAAACAACCCCAUGGCUGAUUACGCGGACGACACCGGAGCGCGCGCGCUGCUGGCGCUGAAAUCCGCUCCGUGCAGCCCGGCGCGGGGCGCGAGUCCGCCGUCGCACGCGCUCUCCGCGGCGCCGCUCGCGCUGCAGGCGCCGGCCCUCGCGCGCCUCCACGGCCGCGACCUCGAGUUCGUCAUGCGCCAGCGCGUCGUCACGGUGGGCCGCAACUCCUCGCACGGCUCCGUGGACGUCAACAUGGGCCACUCGAGCUUCAUCUCGCGGCGUCACCUGCAGAUCACCUUCGAGGAGCCUGAGUUCUAUCUGCGCUGCCUGGGCAAGAACGGCGUGUUCGUGGACGGCGUGUUCCAGAGGAGAGGCGCGCCGCCGAUCCAGUUACCCCGAGAGUGCACAUUUCGUUUUCCUAGCACAGUGAUAAAGAUUCAAUUUACUGCACUGUACCACAAGGAGACGCUGAAGGAGGAGGCACCCAUGUCCCCAGUGAGACCCCUGUACCCACAGAUCUCGCCACUAAAAAUCACCAUUCCUGAAAACGACUUCAGAAGCAUGAUGAGUCCCCUGCCUUCACCCACAGGAACUAUCAGUGUACCUAACUCUUGUCCAGUUAGUCCUCGGGGUGCAGGCUCAUCUGGCUACCGCUACGGACGCAACAUAACCUCUGACCUGCAGUUGGCGGCCGAGUAUGCAGCCAAAGCUGUAUCGGAGCAUCGCACAGAGGUGUCAGAUAGAGACAGCCCCAAGGAUGAGUCCAAGCCCCCGUACUCGUACGCACAGCUGAUAGUGCAGGCCAUAUCUUCGGCUCCAGACCGACAGCUGACACUAAGUGGCAUCUACGCCCACAUAACCAAGAAUUACCCCUACUACAGGACUGCGGAUAAGGGCUGGCAGAACUCCAUCAGGCACAACCUGUCGCUGAACCGCUACUUCAUCAAAGUGCCACGCUCCCAGGAGGAGCCGGGAAAAGGGUCAUUCUGGCGCGUCGACCCCUCGUCAGAGGCCAAGUUGGUGGAGCAGUCGUUCCGUAAACGCCGUCAGAGAGGAGUCUCCUGCUUCAGAACACCGUUCGGCCCUCUUUCCUCAAGGAGCGCUCCAGCCUCGCCCACCCACUCCGGCCUUCUGUCUCCUAACUCGAGCGGCCUGCAGACUCCUGAGUGUCUGUCUCGAGAGGGUUCCCCAAUUUCCCAUGAGCAUGAGUUCAACACCAAGCUGGCAUCUGUGCCCGAGUUCAGAUACUCACAGAGCGCCCCAGGUUCUCCAGUGAGUGCGCAGCCUGUGAUCGUGGCCAUGCCUUCUCAGUCUUCGACAGCAGUGGCAAAGCCUGUGGCCUACAUGCCAGCCUCCAUCCUCACCUCCCAGCAAGUCUCAGGUCAGGCCGUGCACGUGCUCCAACAAGCUCCAGGCGUCACCAUGGUGCGCGUUCUCAACGCCACCACCAGCUCUGCCAACGGAUACGUCCUGGCCAACGUUGGCUCGAUGACCGCCACAGAAAGUUCUGGAGAACACAGAGGUGCUGUAGAGGAGAUGGCAGCACCAACCUCCAUUCCUGCAGGCAGUCGAGUGAUUCAGUCUGUGGGGAGCCACUUGAGUUCAGCCUCUAGAGGGCAGCAGAGUUACACUGUUCUCCAAGCGACUUCUAUGCCUUUGGGGCAGCACCAGCUCCCGGUCCAGACCAUCACACAGAACGGCAAACACGCUCUGCCCACCACUACCAUCUCGCCCAACGCUUAUGCACUCACCAACCCUCUUCAGAUCCUGGCAGCACAGGCCUCCACCUCACCCCCUGUGCUAGUGAACAGACCCUCCAGCAUGGAGAUGGAGGAGGCAGGUCCGCAAGAGCCAGAGACCAAACGGCCCAAGAUUGAGAAUGAAGGCAUGGUGUCGGUCCCCCAGCCCGUCAUUGUGGCGAUGACUCCAGAGGCCAGUGACUGAAGGAGGGAGCGAGUGAGUGAAGAUGGUUAAUGCAAGCCCCCCCACCCCCAACUAAUAGUGUUAGCACAAUGUGCCAUUGUUAUUGAGGGGAAUUUGAAUUUGGAUUUUUUUUGUUUUCUUUUAUCAAGAAUUUAAGAUUAUUUGUGAGAGAACGAACCUGUGCGUAUCAAGGGCAGAUAAGAGCUAAACGCAUUGUCCUUUAAGCCUUAAAAAAAAUAAAGCAAACAAGAAGACAGUUUUAA